UACUGUAAUGAUAAGUCCCUGGGAACAAGUUUAUCCCAGUACUACACCGCCAUGUUUCGUAAACAAGAACAUGGCGGCUCAGACUGUGACAUUCGAUGUUUUGGUGUAAAGCGGUACUUUUAUGAUCUGUAUUUAGUAAAUCGGGAUGGAAAAGUUAAGUGAUGAAAUCUUAGUAAGGAUUUUCAGCUUUUUAUCUGCUCGGGAUAUUUGUAGGUGUUCCAAGGUAUGCUCUGGUUGGUAUCGUCUUGCAAACGAUUUUCAUUUAUGGAGAAAGUUGUUUAUAGAAUCAUUUGACAAAUUCAUCUCUGAUUCUUCCUACUAUAAAAAUGUGUUUCCAACCCAGUGGAAAGAAUUGUUCAUUAUGCGGUCAAACUGGUUAAGUGGACACUGUCAUGUUCAAAGUCUUCAUAAAAAAGCUAUAACUCCAGAAAAAACUGAACCCACUAAAAUUGUGUGCUUGAAAAUAUCAAAAUGUGGUGGGAGUGUUUUAGCAAGUGUUAACCAAGACUCAAAGUUGGUACAUUUGUGGAGUUUGAUUCACAAGAAGUCUCUUCAUGUUGUACGGUGUGAAAGUGUUGUUGGUUGUGUAGACUUUGGAAAUGAAGGCUCUCAAAGUCUAUUGGCUAUUGGUCUCUAUAGUAACAAGUUCAGUAUUUGGGACUUCCAUAAUGGAAGGAUUAUCCUAAGCAGAAAAAAUAUAACAGAAGUAACAAGGGAUCAAAUGGAGAGUCCGAGGGAUACUGGUUUGCCACCUGCCACUGCUGUUUGUCGUGUCAAUCUGGUGGACAAUAAACUUGCCACUGUUACUUCUCAAUGUGUUGUUAAAGUGUGGGAGUUAGAUUUUAAUCAGCCGGGAAGAAUAUCUUGUUAUUGUUUGCACACCCUCACAACUUUUAAACCAAGGUGUUCUGUUCUAGACAUUCAACUGAAGAAUGGUGAGAAUGAUGUCUGGUCUGUGUCCAUUUCACAUGCUGCAGAAGUUCUAGAAAACUGGAAUCUUAUUGGAUUUCAGACUGUAAGAUUUCAAGGACAUUCACUUGUCGAGGAAGAUACUGGAGUCAAUUUUAAAGAAGAAUCUGUUGACAAUGAAGAAGCUUUUCUAAUAGCAAAAUUCCAAACAUGGAUGGGACCACAAAAAGAGCAAAUGGGCUCCAGAACAUCGGUGUCUUGCCUGUCCAUCAGUCCCUGUACAAAACUGGUCACUUCUGGACAAAAUGACAAUACUAUUACACUGUGGGACACUGCUACUCAAUCUUGUAGGCACACUCUGUUUGGACACACAGGUGCUGUGACGUGUACAGAUGUAGAUAUGCACAAGGUUGUUAGUGGAUCAAAUGACAGAACAGUCAAGGUUUGGUCCUUAGAAAAUGGUGAUUGUCAGUUAACACUCCCUGGUGAUCAUACUUCUGGAGUCUCUUCUGUUACAUUUAAUGAUCACUGGGUUAUUAGCGGUGACUCUUCUGGAGAGAUCAAGGUGUGGGAUUUUGCUGUUAACAGCCUGUCUGUAUUGCAAAGUUUAGAACUUCCAUCACAACAAAGUCAAGCUCUUUGAUAUCAGCUCUGUAUUUUUUUUUUCAAAUAUAUAGGGAAAGUCUUCAUUCAAAUUUAUUUAUUUACUCUCUUAGUGCUGAGGUC